GCCCCUGCCCGCCCGCCCGCGGUACCGGCGGCGCGGCGGCAGCCAUGACUCUGGAGUCCAUGAUGGCCUGUUGCCUGAGCGACGAGGCGAAAGAGUCGAAGCGCAUCAACGCCGAGAUCGAGAAGCAGCUGCGGAGGGACAAGCGCGACGCCCGCCGGGAGCUCAAGCUGCUCCUGCUCGGCACAGGAGAGAGUGGGAAGAGCACAUUCAUCAAACAGAUGCGGAUAAUCCAUGGCUCGGGCUACUCUGAGGAGGACAAAAAGGGUUUCACCAAGCUGGUGUACCAGAACAUCUUCACUGCCAUGCAGUCAAUGAUCAGGGCCAUGGAGACCUUAAAGAUCCUUUACAAAUAUGAACAGAACAAGGACAAUGCCUUGCUGAUCCGGGACGUGGAUGUAGAAAAGGUUUCGUCCUUCGAGCAGCCUUAUGUAAGUGCAAUUAAAACCUUGUGGAACGACCCAGGAAUCCAGGAGUGCUAUGACCGACGGCGAGAGUACCAGCUGUCCGACUCAGCUAAAUACUACCUUACUGAUGUGGACCGUAUCGCCACCCCAGGGUACCUCCCCACGCAGCAAGACGUCCUGCGGGUCAGAGUUCCAACGACUGGGAUCAUAGAAUACCCCUUUGACCUAGAGAAUAUUAUCUUCAGAAUGGUAGACGUUGGGGGUCAGAGGUCAGAGCGGAGAAAAUGGAUACACUGCUUUGAAAAUGUAACCUCCAUCAUGUUCUUAGUAGCCCUUAGCGAAUAUGACCAAGUUCUGGUGGAAUCUGAUAACGAGAACCGGAUGGAGGAGAGCAAAGCCCUUUUCCGGACAAUAAUCACUUAUCCCUGGUUCCAGAACUCCUCUGUAAUCCUGUUUCUCAACAAGAAAGAUCUGUUGGAAGACAAGAUAAUGUAUUCUCACAUUGCGGAUUAUUUUCCAGAGUAUGAUGGCCCCCCGAGAGAUGCACAAGCAGCCCGGGAGUACAUUCUCAAGAUGUUUGUGGAUCUAAACCCUGACAGCGACAAAAUUAUCUACUCUCAUUUCACAUGUGCCACGGAUACGGAGAACAUCCGGUUUGUCUUUGCUGCCGUCAAGGACACCAUCCUGCAGCUCAACUUGAAGGAAUAUAACCUAGUCUGACCUUGAUCUGCCUGUCCUUUUCCCCACCCUUCUACCCACCCUUCCCCAAAUCUCCUUGGGAGACCUUUUGUUGUGAAGAAAGUAAGACGAGAGAACCCCAUGAAUUCAAACAAACAAAACAUGUACAGGAAAAACUAUCUUAAUUUUUAAUGAUGUAAUGAUGAGAAAUUGUCUGAUCUGUGGAGUGGCAAGGGCUUUUUUGCUCACUGUUACCUUGGAGUCUCAUGUCUGCCCCACAGAAUAGCUGAUUU